ACUUCCUUUUCCGGUUUUGCAACAAGGAAAGUGUACUGUUCUCUACGAGCUAAGGCCUAUCUGGCGACGUACACUGUCAUUAAGGAACAUCACUUCGCAAACUUUCUAAUUUAAAUACUAUGGCUUCAGGAGACGAAUUAGCUUGCACAUAUGCCGCCCUGAUCUUGUCUGAUGACAACGUAUCGAUCACGGGAGACAAAAUUGCAACCAUUCUUAAGGCAGCAGGAGUGUCUGUAGAACCAUAUUGGCCAGGUUUGUUCGCCCGAGCCCUGGAUGGUAUCAAUGUGAAGGACCUGAUCACCAACAUCGGUAGCUCAGCAGGCUCUGCCCCAGCUGCAAGUGCCCCCACUGCUACUGGUGGUGGUGGUGCAGCACCAGCCGCUGCUGCCAAGGAGGAGAAGAAGGAAGAGAAGCCAAAGAAGGAAGACUCUGAGUCUGAGGAUGACAUGGGCUUCGGUCUCUUCGACUAAGAGUGCAGUUAUGUUUGUGACUUGAACUGUAUAGAAAGAAAAAAAGAGUAAAAAAACUGA